CGGUUAACACAAGCGGAAUAUUAAAAAAAAAAUGGAUGAUGAUAAUAUCGAUCCACAAAUAUUUAUGAGGAAUUGUGACAGUAUGUCAGAUCCAAGGAUAUAUAUGAGAAAUGGCGACGAUAUGACUGAUCCAAGAAUAUCUAUUAGAAGUUCUUUUAAUAGCUCUCUCGUGAACCCAACAACUUCCAAACGUAUGUCAUAUCGUGCGCAAAUUUCAAGGAGUACUUCCGCAAGCAACGAAUUGCCCAUUCAAUUGCAACAAGAAAUGGCUCCUUUACAAAGGAAACCCAGUGCUAAAAUUAAGCAGAAAGGACAUAAAAAACAUAGUUGUACUGACGUUCACUGUCUGUUAGUAUUUAUAUGUUUUAUAGUUGCCUGGGUGUAUAUAGCGAGCUAUGCACUUUCCGAAGGAAAUCUAAAUAACGUUUUAAUUCCAACAGACUCGAAAAAUGCUAAAUGCGGUCUAGAUUAUGGUGUUCGUGAUAAGAAAAUGCUAUUUUUCUUUAAUUUGAAUAAAUGUCUUGAUCCAAUGACACCCAUAACAGGAUGCGACACCAAACAAAUAUGCGUGGAAGAAUGUCCGCGAACAUCAUUUGUAUUGCAAGAAAGCAUGAUAAAUGGCGAUUUAAAUGCUGUAAAGGAUAAACUCAUUUGUGAUUCUAAUGUAAACAAAAAAAACUUGAAGAGUUUGGCUGAUGUGCAAAAUGCUAUAGAGAAUGAUCAGUGUAAUGGUUGGUAUUUAAAAAGUAAACCAAUAUUUAAUCAUUGCGUAUGGGAUUUUUCUGAGCAAUUAUGUAAUAUAUUGCCUCAGAUUUUCACUGGGCGAAAUCGCAGAUCGGAUUUGCCUCCAUCGAACUUUAUAGAUAUAACACCGAUUAAAACUAAAUUCGUCGAAUUCAGAGAAGGAAUGAAAUCGAUGUGUAAUAAACAAAAUAAUUCCACGUCCAUUGAUGUCUUAAAAGAAAAGAUUGAACAAUCUAAUUCGAAUUUCAAAAGAAUAAUUGCUUCCGUUAUCUCGAAAUUUGGUUAUAGCGAUAAAGAUAUAUUAGCUGAGCAUGUAGCACUUGACUUAAAAAAUUCUUGGAAAGUUAUUAUUUAUGCCUUCAUUUUACAUCUUUUUGCGGUUUUAUUGUUUAUUACACUUUUACGUUGGCUGGCUGCACCCUUGGUAUGGAUUUCAAUAUGUGGUGUAAUAUUGGGUUUGAGUUAUUCAUUCGUUUAUAGUUUUCAACAAUAUCGUCAGUGGAGCACAGUACCCCAUGUACCACACCACGCAAUACAUCUAAUGGCGAAAGUACAAAACGUUUUGGAAAAUGGUGAUGUUUGGCUAUAUGUAACAAUUGUUCUGGGAGCACUCCUCACCAUUAUACUAUUGAUUGUAAUGGUGAUCCGGAAGCGCAUAAAAAUUGCUAUUGCUAUUAUUAAGGAAGCCAGUAGAGCUAUAAUGAAUAUAAAAUCAUCAAUAUUUUUUCCAAUAUUUCCGGGAAUCCUCAAUAUUUUUGUGGCCAUAUUGUCGAUAAUAAUUUUGUUAUAUCUCAGUUCAAUUGGAGAACAUUCCUUUAAAAUGGUACAUCGAAACAUUAAUACUACUGAAGCAUGUAUAUGCGAUGGACCUUCGAUUCAAGAACCGUAUAAAUUAGGUGCGGCUUGUGAUCCAGCUUUGUUCGAACAAUUCUGUCACAUCGAAAAUGAUGUAAAGAAAUGCAUUCAAACCUCCUGUAGUUUUAAUGAGAUUGUGAAAAGUAGAAAAACCCAAUGGUGUAUGUUAUUCAAUGUGUUUGGUUUUCUAUGGGUAACGUUUUUCUUAUCGGCUUAUGAAGACAUGGUUUUGGCAUGUACAUUCUCAUUGUGGUAUUGGACUUUCAACAAGAAUAAUAUACCGAAAUUGCCGCUACUAAAGGCAAUGUGGAUAACAACUUUUUAUCAUCUAGGCACCUUGGCUUUCGGAUCUUUAAUUUUGUCGAUUUGUCGUAUGAUAAGGUAUGUUUUGGAACUCAUUGAAAAGAAAGCCAAAAUAUACAAUAAUACAAUAACACGUGCCAUAUUAUGUUGCAUGAAAUGUUUCUUUUGGUUGCUUGAGAAUUUUCUUCGUUUUCUUAACCGAAAUGCAUACAUAACAUGUGCCAUACAUAGUACCAGCUUCUGUGCAAGCUCAAAAAAAGCCUUUAGCCUUAUUACACAAAAUAUUUUACGCGUCUACGCAGUGGACAAAGUUUCUGAUUUCCUUUUUUUCUUGUCGAAGCUUUUAGUCACAGGAUGUACUUCAUUAACAACUUAUUACGCUUUGAAUGCAUUUCCAGAAGUUGCAGGUAUACAUUAUCCUGUGGUUCCUGUUGUUCUGGUAGCGAUAAUCGCCUAUGUUAUGGCUCAUUUUAUAUUUAGCACAUAUUCAAUGGCCGUAGAUACUUUGUUCUUUUGCUUUUUAGAAGACUCAACGGAAAACGAUGGAUCAGCAGAAAAUCCAUUUUAUAUGUCAAAAGAAUUGAACAAAUUGUUGGGAAAAUCCAAAAUAAAGCCAAAAAAAAUUCAAGGUUAAGUUUAAGAGACACAAUAAUAUAAUAAUCGAAAACAAUUAUUCUUACAGUAAAAAUUACUAUGUACUAAAAUUUUAAAAUUACACAUGCAUGUUUAAGAAAUGUUCACGGCCAAAACAAUAUGGUUUUUCUUUUUGGCUAGAAUUCAUAUAAUAAAGAAUACAAUCUAACAAAAAAAAAUAUAA